AUGGAGAUAGUGAAAACAGCGAUUUCAGUGUUGACUAUUAUCAUUUUUACAGUUUCAUGGAAGAUUUUGAAGUGGUUAUGGCUCGAUCCAAGGAAGAAAGAGAGGAUUCUUAUCAUAUUUACAGUUUCAUGGAAGAUUUUGAUGUGGGUAUGGCUAGAUCCAAGGAAGAAAGAGUGGAUUCUGAGGCAACAAGGAUUCAAAGGGAAUCCUUAUACUAUCAGAAAGCUUUUGUUUGGAGAUGAAAAAGAGAUUCAAAAGGUUCAUGUAGAAGCCUUGUCAAAACCUGUUAAUAUUCGUGAUGAAAUUCAAACUGGAAAACGUGCUGCGCCCUUCAUCUUUAAAACCUAUGAAAAAUAUGGUAAAAAAUCAUUUUUGUGGGCAGGACUGAGACCCAAGGUGUUUAUAAUGGAACCUGAUCUGAUGAAAAGAGAGGAAUGGUCCAAAAGAAGAACUAUUAUGAACCCCAAAUUUCAAUUAGAAAAGUUGAAGCAAAUGAUACCACAAGUUUUGAAAUGCAGUGAAGAUGUUAUAAUUGAAUGGAAGAAGUUGGUAUCCAACUCCAAGGACGGGUCCUAUACUCUCGACGUUUGUCAUGAUAUUGAAGAAUUGAUCUCAAGUGUCACUUCUCAAUUUCUGUUUGGCAUUGAUUAUGCAAAGGACAAAGAAAUCUUCCACCUUAUUACACAAUUGUCUGAAUUGACAAAACAAGCCACUAAGGUUUCUAAUUUCCCUGGAUCAAAGUACUUGCCAACGGAGACAAAUCGAAAGUCCAAAAGCCUCACAAAGGAACUACAUCAAAGACUUUAUAAAUUAAUGAGUGAAAGAAAAAAGGCAAUAAAGGAAGGCAAAGUUGUGGAGGACAACGUAUUUAAUAUGUUACUGCAAUCUGAAAUCUCAAAUAAUCAAGAUGAAAUGAUUGAAUGGCAGGACCGUGCUAGAGAAGAAGUUUUCAGGGUCUUCGGUAAUCGUAGACCAGAUUAUGAAGGGUUAAGUCAACUCAAAGUUUUACCUAUGUUUAUGAAUGAGAAUGUUUUCUACUUUGGUUUGGAACUAGUGGAGCUCCGUGCAAUGCACUACGUGUUGUAA